AUGUCAGAACAAGUCGUUGACAAGAGUCUCGCGCCCUCCAUCGACGUGAAGAAGCUCAAUUAUGCCUUCCCAGAUGGCUCGAGUGGACUAAAAGAUGUCUUCCUGGAUCUGCCACCAGGCAGCCGAACUCUACUCAUUGGAGCUAAUGGCGCUGGCAAAACAACGCUCCUCCGCCUUCUCUCUGGCAAGCGCAUGGCCCCAGCCGGCACCGUUCACAUCGCGGGCGUUGACCCUUUCAAAAUGGGCCUCGAAGGCGUGACCUACCUCGGCCUCGAAUGGGUCCUCAAUCCCAUCGUACGCACCGACAUCGACGUGCCCACUCUUCUCGCCUCCGUCGGCGGCGACUACUACCACGAGCGUCGCGACGAGCUGGUGCGCAUUUUGGACAUUGAUCUUAGCUGGCGCAUGCACGCCGUAUCCGAUGGCGAAAGAAGAAGGGUACAACUGGCCAUGGGAUUACUGAGGCCAUGGACUAUCCUGCUGCUGGAUGAGAUUACCGUAGACCUGGACUUGCUCUCGCGUAGCAACUUCUUGAAUUUCCUGAAGAAGGAGACGGAGAUCAGGCCUUGCACUAUCGUGUAUGCGACGCAUAUUCUGGACAAUCUAGCUACGUGGCCGACGCAUCUAGUGCAUAUGAGUCUCGGCAAGGUGAAGAAGUGGGGUAGUGUGGAGGAAAUGAACGUGCACGUUGAGCAGAGCUCAAGGCUGUAUACGGGUAAUAGUCAGCUUGGUGAGCUGGUGCUCAAGUGGCUACAGGAAGAUCUCAGUGAGAGGGGUCCGAGGAAUCCACUUCGAUCAGAGGGGAAAACGUACGAAAGCCAUGAGGGUAAGGGUGGGUACGGAGCCGAGAAGAAG